AUGGCAAAACCUGACGAUCUGGGGAAACACGAAAGAAAAGAGUGGAGUGGCACCUACGAGCAAUUUGACCCUCGUGAGCAGUUUCUUUUUCUCAAUGCGUUUAAAUUAUACGACAUGAUCAACGCCGGUAGAGUCCACGAGACCGCUGCAGCCUUCUGGAGAUUCCAUUUUCUUAUUGCCACCAUUUUGGCUCAUGAAGUUGGAGAUCACCUACUCAUCACGUUCCUUAACCAUGGGAGAACGUUUACACCACCUGAUAUUGGUGUUUCAGCUUAUUGUAAGGCUGGAGGAGGAAUUGGAGAAGCAGGCCGGAUGCUCGAGAUAUGCCUUUUUGGUGGAAAUCUUGAAUACUAUCAGGCGCCAAAUCAGAGUAUGCAUGAUAUUCUAAACUACCAGACCGGAGUGACGCAUAUUCGCAUAUUGUUAAUUCCUAAGGAAGAAAGUUCAGAAUACACGACAGUGUGUUUCAAAUCUUCCUCCACCGAAGUAUGA